AUGGCUACAUCUCUUGAGGAUAAGGAUUGUUAUGAGAUCCUUCAAGUGGAUCGCGGUUCUACUUUACAGGAAAUCAAAACAAGUUACAGAAAGCUAGCUUUGCAGUAUCACCCUGAUAGAAAUCCCAAUAAAGAAGGAUACGAUGAGAUAUUUUCGACUAUCAGUAGCGCCUACAACAUAUUGUCAAACGAGGAUAAACGAAGAUGGCAUGAAAAGGAUUACACUAGGGACCAAUACUCGGUGUUUACCGAAGAAAUUCAUGAGAUGCAAACCAUGCUAACAACAGUCAAAUUUGAUGUAUGGGUAAACUUCAUAAACAGAAUAAGAUCAGAUGAACAAACAGCAGGUACAAAUGCUCAAUGGCCAAGCUUGGGAGAUUAUACCUGGUUAUGGACACACACAAAGCCACUGUACCAGCGAUGGCUGCGAUUUUCUACAGCAAAAUCUUUUGAAUGGGAAGUUAUUUACAAUGAUGAAGAGGAAACAGAUCCUAGCACGAAACGACUAAUGAAAAAGGAAAACCAAAAAUGUAUUAAAUAUUGUAUCCUACAGUAUGAUGCAGCAGUUCGUGAACUCAUUGCAACAAUGUGUGAACUAGAUCCUCGUCGUCAGAAUGUAAAAAAAGUUUCAGAUCCUGAACGUUAUGAAACUUUGCAAGCUGCAUCCCGUCAACAAAGCGAGCGCGAUCGUCGCAAAUACCAAGCUUCUUUGCAAGAACAAUCCAUUGCUUCAUGGACAGUUGUGGACCAAGAAUUGAACUGGAGCGAGGAUGAAGAUGAAGUUGAGGAUAGAAAUGAGUCUAUUGACCUCACAGAAGCAGUAGACAAUACUAAUUGCUCCAUGUGUAACAAACAAUUUCGCUCACUACAGCAGCUGAAGAAUCACGAGAACAGUAAAAGGCACAAACAAAUCAGUCGAAAAGCAAGAAAAAAACUAGAAAAAGAUGCCAAACUUGCCUCUAAGUCGUCAGAGGUUUCUCUUGAAGCAGCACCGACGUCUCCUCACAAGGUGGGACCUUCAUAUAAAAUAUCCUCUAAAAGCGCAGAAGAUCUUGAAAAAAGUUUCACGUUUAUUGAGAUGUCUGACGAUGACUUCUUCACAGCCCCCGAAACUAGCGAUGAAGAGGCAUUCUAA